AUGUCCUCGUAUCGCGCCAUUAUCGAAUGGGAUAGCGAUAUUGCGGCGCAACAGUGCGAGCACUUUUUGGGUCGUGCGAAUGGUCGAGACGUGUUGGAUGACGAUGCGCGCCACGUUGUCCUGGCCCCUCACAACAUCUCGGACGGUGCCAAUCUCUGCACACGUGAUGUUGUCGACAGCCAACCAAACGUGGAUUCCGUCGUUUGA